AUGAACGGCCACCAUAAUAACCACCAUUCGCAGCAAUUUCCUCGCUUCUCCGCGCAGCCUAACGCGUACGUCUACAACACCACGCCGUAUCAGACUCCGUCGCUGCAUUAUCCCUAUUCGACCCCUUCUCUAUCCCAGCAGCAGCAGCAGCAGCAGCAGCAGCAGCAGCAACAGCCUCCGCCUUCGUCGUUUUUUCCCUCUCUACAACAAACAUCUCCCGCAACUGGCAACCACCACCCACCGGCACCUGCACCCGCCCGACAUACUCCACAGUCUGCUCCCAACUUGCGCCAAGUGCACCAUAAUCGCUCUUCUCCGCUGCCCUCCUCCCCCGGCAAUGGACCAGGCGCGCCUCCACCAGAGCGCCAUUCGCCGACUUUUGAGGAUGACCUCUUGAAUGCGCUGCAGAAUAGUGGUGAACAGGGACAUCGUUCCCACCCCACCAAUGACGACGACGAGGAUGACGAAGACGGAGACGACGACGACGACGACCAGGAUGUCGUCGACGGCGAUGAGCCCGUCUACCAGCUGCCUCCUCCCCCAGAAACUCAAUAUCCAAACGAAGUCGAGCUAGAGAAGGCUAUUCACGCCUGGAGUCUCGAGCACGGCUAUGAGCUCGUACGGAGAGCCAGCAAGAGAAAUGCCAAAGGCCAGCUCUACAAACGAUACUACCACUGCAGCAGGCAUGGCAGACGGGCCAGUGCGCGGACACCCGAUAAAGACAAGGUGCGAAUCAAUCGGAAAAGUAAUCGCAUCGGAUGUCCCAUGUCGCUUGCUGCCGUCAGUGUGAACCCGCAUGAUCCAAGUGGAAACUGGCAGAUCAGACUACGAAAGACACAUCACAACCACCCGGCCGUCAACGCCGCAGAGCUCGCUGGUCAUCGAAGGAGGGCUCGGCUUGGUGCUGUAGAGAAGGCGGUCGAUGGCUUGUUCGCAAUCAAUACCAGCACACAGGAUGUGCUGAAGUUUUUGCAGAGGACGCAUGCCGAAGGCUUGUUCAAGAGGACCGAUGUGGCCAACAUGAAGCUCAAGUGGAAGAAGUAUGGCAGUUGCGCGCAUCAAGCCGAAGGAGGACAGUCGGAGGUGACUCCGCAGAGCACGCCGACGACCAUGCAAAGAGGCAUUCCUUCUGCCUGUCGAACGUGCAGAGUGAAGAAGACCAAGUGCGAUAGUCAGAGACCGACGUGUGGCACUUGUGUGAAGAGUGGGAGUGCGUGUCAGUAUGAUCCGCCGGCACGGACUGGACAGCAGCAGCAGCCUCUACCCCCAGCACCACCGAAUCGAAUCGUCCAACCGCAGAGUACGCCAAGCAACUCUGCACUGAGACGAGAAGCCCAAAGGCAAGCCACAGCUGGAGCUGCGGGCGCAGAUUCCAUGCAGAUUGACUCGACGCCGCUCGACUUCAAUCUCUCCAACCAAGUCAACGAUGCCAACGCAAACAACACGCCCGGUCAGAAGGCCUCACAAACCGCUCAAACACAACAGAUGCUGGCUGCCAUCGCCGCCUUCCAGCAAGAACACAUCAAACCGACCCGUCUCGAGUUGAGUAGCAGCGCCGUAGAAGUUCUGGCUGCUUCCACAUGUGGUAGCGGUGAUAGCUACCGAUCCGCCAUCCCUCAUCCCUUCAGCAUGUUAGGCGAUUGGAAGCAAUUUAGAGAGGCAUUUGAAAGUGCUGCCGUAAAAGAGAACUGUGUCGACGUUCUCCGCGGUCACAAACGAGAACCCGAAAAGCCCGAACCGGCUGACGGCCAACGCGUGAUAGAAGUGGAGGUACACAACGAAUACGUCAAGCAAUUGGCUAUUUUCAAGCGAAGAAAUGAGAUGUUGAAGCUUGGGUUCCGAGAGACAUUGGCACCUGCCUUGUGGUCUCGCCUCAAAUCCCUCUCUGAUGCGCACGAGAUUUGGGUGGCAUUGGGCGACAUGUGCUGUCCCCGCGGCUCCGACCAGGCAUAUACACGAUUCCGUUCCAUUCUCGAUGUCACUUUUCAAGCGUGUGGGAACCACUUGGAUAAUUAUAUUCAGACGCUGGAAUUGAUGUGGGGCGAGUUCAACGAAAUGGCGCAUACGCAUGAAAGUCGACGCGCGACCAGCCAGUUGAAUAUGUCCGCGGCUGAAGUGCUCAAACGCAAGAUUGCUGGCAAUGGAACGUUUCCGGAAGAGAUGCUCUGCUUUUUGUUCUUGAAGAACUUGGGGCCACAGCACCAAGCUUUGGCGACCAACAUGUGCAAGAAGAACAAUAUUGGAGGGUUUGGAACGGGAGAAAGAUGUGGGUUCAAGGACUUGUGGACUCAGGUGAAGAAGGCUUUGGAGAGAUGAGGUGGCAUGAUCCGUGCAUGAAGGGAUGCUAGAAGUACAUGUACUAGAACUUUGUACAUCCGACCGCUGCCACGAAUAACUAGCUGAUGAUCGUGAUCGAAC